AUGGGUAUUGGUAUUACUAAAAUUACCUCUGGAAUACGUUCACAUUCUGAGUUACUUAUUGCUGAUGGAUUAUAUUCAAUAGCUGAAGGUAUUGCAUUAAUUGGUGUACUUUUCGCUUUACACUACUCGGAAAAAGAAGCGAGACAGAAAAAUAAUACAUUUGGAUGGACUCGCCUUGAACUGUUAGCCGGCUUAUUGCAAGAAGUUUUGCUUCUCUCCAUAUCAAUAAGUAUAAUUGUUGAUGCUAUAAACAAGUUAACUAAUCCAAAUCGUAUUCAAGAUCCAUUCUCCAUGAUAGUUCUAGGAUCGAUAAGUGCUAUCAUUGGCAUAUUAGGAAUGUUUAUGUUUCGAGGUUAUGAUCAUGAUCAUAAUACAAAACAUGAAAUAACAGAGCGAAGGAAAAUUGAUUUUAUCUAUAGUGUUCGUGAUCGAUUAAACACUAUUGAGACUAGUCAUCAUUGCCACUCAAUUAGUGAAACAAUUGUAAAUACACUUAUUGUACCUGAUGAAAAUCUUUCGGUGAUUGGCAAAAGUGACAAUUUCAAUCUUUCUUCUUCACAUGUUGUUCAAACUAAUUAUUUGAAUGAUGGUGCUGAAUUUGAAGAGUCAAGAAUCUAUGCAACAUUUCAUGCACUAAGUAUGCAUUCAUUCGCUAUUCUAUUAGAAUCGUUAAUUGUGUUAUUAUCCGGAUUAUUGAACAAAUUUGUUCCGAAUCAUGACCAUUCUGGAAAAGAAAUUAAUUUGUGGUUGAAAUAUCUUGAUCCAUCCCUCACGUUACUUAUGGUAGUCAUUAUUGUUACUAGAGGUGUUCCCGUUGUUUGGUCAUUGAGUCGUAUUAUGACUGAAGCCGUUCCUGCUGGAAUAAAUACGGAUAAAUUGAUACAAACGAUUUUACACGAUAUACCUGGAAUUAGAGCUUUACAUAAUCUUCAUGUUUGGAGGGUUACUGCACGACAUGUGUUUGCUACAGUUCAUGUAGUUUGUUAUGAAAAUGUAUCAUUAAGUGUAUGCACGGAAAAUAUUGGGCGUCGAAUACAAAAAAUAUUUGAAUCACAUUAUAUUCGACAUUUUACAUUACAGUUUGAAUAUGUUAGUAAUAAGAGCGAUAUAAAUGAAUGUGUUUAUGGUGUAAGAGGUCGAAAAACUGGACACGAAUCAUCGACAAAUAGCGCGAUAAAGGAAAGAAAAGAUACUGUAUUACCAAAAUUUCUCGUUGAAACAUUAUAG